GUUGUGGCGUAUGUCGAGGUGUGGUCGGCCAAUGGAACAGAAAAUUAUUCAAAGACGUUUACAAAUCAGCUUGUGGAUAUGGGGGCAAAGGUUUCAAAAACGUUCAACAAACAAGUAACUCACGUGGUGUUCAAAGACGGCUACCGGAGCACCUGGGACAAAGCUCAGAGGAGGGGCCUGAAGCUCGUCUCAGUGCUCUGGGUGGAGAAAUGCAGGACAGCUGGCGCGCACGUGGACGAGGCGCUGUACCCCGCGGCCAGCACUAACGAGCACUUCCCGAGCCUAAUUAAGAGAAAACGCAAGUGUAUGCAGCCCAAAGAUUUUAUUCCUAAAACACCAGAGAAUGAUAAAAGACUGCAAAAGAAAUUUGAGAAAAUGGCGAGAGCGCUCCAGCAGCAGAAAACAACUCUGGAUAACGAUGUGCCUGUUCUCUUAUUUAAAUCUAACGGCUCCUUGAUGUACAGUCCCAGCAUUAAAAUCUGCAGCGGCCGCUGCAGUGCAAUGCAGGAGAGGCUGCAGGAGAUGAAGGAGAAACGGGAAAACCUUUCCCCGACCUCAUCCCAGAUGAUUGAAAGUUCUCAUGAUGACACCAUGAACUCUCUGUGUGAAGCGCCUUUGAACAUUUCACACAAUACUUUGUGUUCAGAGGACUCCUGUGCUGGUGGUCUGCACUCGUCUUUCGAUGAUCUUUGUGGAAGCUCUCGACCUGGGAAUCAGGAGGGGAAAUUGGACAGAUUCGUGGAUGAAAUUAAAAGUGACACGUGUGUUUUGUCACCCAUGUUGAAAACCAGUAGUGCUCGUCAUUCAGCAUCUCCCUGCUCCCUCAGUCAGUUAACUCCUUGGAAACCUGCUGGCGACCUUUGCAGAGGAGGGACGCGCCAGCAGGAAGAGCCUGUGGGAGAGGUGACCGCGGCACUUUUGGGGGGACCGUCUGCGGGGGGGUGUGAUGAGAAGAGGGGCUCGUCUUCUGCGUUACCAGCAACAGGAGGGCCCCCCGUGGGACGGUCACGACCCAAGAGUUCCUCAGCAAAGAGAAAAAGGAUGUCGGAGAACCUACAGCCCCCUCCUGAGGAGACACUGAAGACAAAGCGGCGGCGCAGGGAGCCGGCCGCACCCAGGUUGCAGCCAUGUGCAUCGGAAAGUGGCCUGCAGUUUGUGACCAGAUCUGUGGUCCAGACUCUGGACUUCGGGGAGUCCCCGUACGAUGAUUACUUUUCUCCUGAUAACCUUCAGGAGAGGAAUUCAGAGAAUCUUCCUCCUGGGCUCCUGGCGGCCUCCAGCCGGGCUCAGCUCCACUGCAGAAGAAACCUUUCUAAGAGAGAGAGAACCAGCAUCUUGGAAAUGUCCGACUUUUCCUGCAUCGGCAGAAACCCCAGGUCAGUCGACAGUGCCCAUUUAACAGCAAAAACCGACCCCAGCCUUCAGAAGCCCGCCAGUGACAGAGCAGAGAUGACUUUGCGGUGCUUGGUGUCUCGGGGAAACCCUGCUGCUGGAGAGACCCCAGGGUGCCGGUCACAGGCCAUGGCUCAGAGCGAAGGGGACGGACACCUGGGUGGGCAAGACUUUCCCACCGUCCAUGGGCUCGCUCCUCAGAAGGAGCACCCAGGGCCAGGACAGCAAGGCGAUUCACUUCCUUUGAAAGGCAGCAGUGAGGAAGUGCAAGGAUCGAUUGAUGCAGAAAGCGUGCAGAGGGAAGAUACUCCUCAGACACUGAUGUCCUCUGAAGGUGGAGCACAAAGUGAUUGUCAGCUGAGCUCUGUGGGUGACUGUAAUGCGGAGACGUCUGCGGAGAGAAGGGAGAACUUGCCCAGAGGACAGAGUGAAAGUGUUAAAAGUGGACCAACAAGGCACGAUGUCUUGAAUGGCUCGUGGGAAGGCCUGACAGACCUCAUCAGACCUCACGAGGAAUCGAAGGAAAGAGAGACAGGCCAAAAGCCAACAAGAACAUUAGUCAUGACGAGCAUGCCAUCUGAGAAGCAGAAUGUCGUCGUCCAGGUGGUGAAUAAACUGAAGGGCUUCUCCUUGGCCCGGGAGGUGUGCGGCAGCACCACGCACGUGCUGGUGGGGAAGCCGCGCCGCACCCUGAACGUGCUGCUGGGCAUCGCGCGAGGCUGCUGGGUCCUCUCGUUCGAGUGGCCACCUCUUCCUUCCACCGUGUUUCAGAGGAAGAGAUGUUCUCUGUCUGCCAUGAGGACGUGCAGCUGUACUUGAUUCUGUACCCAACCUGUCCUUCUGGAACUUAGAGCCGGCAGAGAGGACGGACGUGAGGAUUGGCGUUUACUGCUGCCCUGUUUCCGCUCAGCAUCCUGCCAAGGGUCUCCCACCAAUCACACAGAAACAGAACCCAAUGCAAAUUUAACUUCUGGUAACUGUGUGUGGGGUGAACCGCUCUCCAGGAUUAAGCACUGUCUGUGAGUGAGGCAGGAAGUAAAACAUGGUACUUAACACACUUUGGUUGCUCAGAGGGGACUGGACCUCCCUGCCCAAAGGGGAGGAAUCUGGAACCCGGUCACAGAAGUGAAUGGAUUAAGUGUAAGUGCAAUAAGGCAAGAAAACAAAAUGAAAGGCAUUCAGGUUAGAGGGGAAGAAGUGCGGCUGCCUCCGUUCCUGGACAGCGUGAUCGUCUGUGUAGACAGUUGCCAGAAAUCUACCAAAAAGCUCUCAGAAGUAAUAAGUGAGUUCAGCAAAUCGUUGGGAUCCAAAGCUACAGUAAUACAAGGUCAACGUUGAAAUGCUGAAGUAUAAAUCUAACAUAACAAUGUGUGCAGGAUCCGUGCACUGAAAACGACAAAACACCGAUUUAAAACAACAGAGACAUGCUAUGUACAUGGAUUGGAAGACAAUUGGAGUUACAGUGCCACUCCUCCCCAAAAUGAUGUACAGACUUAAAGCAUCCCCCCUCAAAAUCACAGACGACAGAGACAAGCUGAUGCUGAGGUGUCUGUGUGGAGGAGAAGGAGCAGCGUAGCCGAGACAGCUCUGCGAGAGAGCGGAGCUGGGGGCGUGUGCCUCUGCCGCUGACUUCCAGGCGGAGGGGCUGCUUUCCCUGGUCGGGACGUGACAGACCCGGGGCCGGGAAGGGCUGACAGCGGUGGGGUGAUACCUCCUGGGAAGGGACCCUGCCCCCCUGCACAGCUUCACCCAGGCUGAUCGGCAGGAGGGAGCACCUUCGGAUUAGACAGCCUGGCUGACCAGGGAAGGCAGGGCCCUGCCUCCUCCAAAACUCCGCCUCCCCCUCAGCCGAUGUCCUUCCCACCCUCCUUUCUUGCCCUCCGUUCCUUCCUGUGGGCCUCCCCAGGCGAAGUCCUAAAGCAAGUUCCUCUUCAGGGAGGAGGUCACCCUGGGACUCCCAUCUGAGCAUGCCUUCCCCUGCUCUGAGCGUUCCCUGUAUUUCCUCAGUCUAGCCCAGAAUCUAGAUUCAGAAAUACUCACCUGAGUGUGGGACCCUUGACCCCUGUGUCAGCUUCUCCACCUGUGAGAUGGGCAGUCACCCCGCAGAGCCUGCCCGAGGAAGGGAGAGCCAGUGUGCAGACUCAGAGCCGGGCGCUCCCCCACUGCGGGUGGGAACACAGCACCCCAUCCCUGACCGUGACCCUGGGGGCUGCAGGGGAUGGACAGUGCACCAGGCUGGUGGGAGCUCAAUCCCAGUGUGCUGCAGAGGGGCUCCGGGCUCUCCUGUCCCCCACAGCAGGACGCGGCCUCUGUGGGUUCCAGCCGCCCCACUCGCUUUCUUUGCACGCCUCACUUUCCAGGGUGGAGUGUGCGGCCCAGGUUAGGCCUGUGCAGGCAGGAAAGUCUCCCCUGCAGCAGCCAGGGGAGAGGGGUCGUGGGAUGUGCCCCGCUCUGGGGCACCAGGCAGUGUAACCUCCCCUGCAGCUCCUGACCCGGCCUCACUCGGGCUCGGUCUAUGGCGGGGUUCAGCCUUGGCCCAGGCUCCCUGCCUGACGUGACCCAGUUCAGGGGCUGCAGGAAGCUGUUUGCUCUGUUUGGGGACAGGAGGUGUGUAGGGAGCUGGGUGCUAUUCUCCAGUUACAAGAAACAGGGAGAUUUAGGGGCAAGCAGGUCACUGAGCCCAGCCUUCUGCAGCCUGCACUAGGAGUGUGUGGGACCAUGGCCAAGGUGUGGGCAGACCGAGUCCACUCUGGGCUGCAGACAUGGCUCUGUCCCUGGACAUUGCUUCUGUCCUUUCUCCCCUCCUUGCUUCACUGGCCACAGGGUCCCCCUCCAGCCCUGGGUGUGUGGGCCGCCAUCCUCACCCAUCAUGGGGCAGAAAUGAGGGGGUGCAGCUGGGCUCAUGGAGGCAGGCAGAGGACAGUGGAGGACCAGGCCGAGGAUCCCAGGGCCCAUGGAGGGCAGGGGCACCCUGGGGGCGGGGCGACAGCCAGCCACCAUCAGGGACCAGUGUCCAGCCACCCACUUCUUUCUCUGUUUCCCUCAAAUGUGGGUCACAUCCAGGUGUCAUCCCCCUGUUCCUACCCUGUGAUUUUCAUAUGAGCGGCCUCACGGAGCAGGGGCUGGUUGUGAAAGGACAGACAGGACAAUUCAUGAAGGAAGCCACAUGGACAAAGUGUGCUUCCUCAGUAAUUCAUGAAAGGCAAACCAUUCCUCCCGUGGCACACAGUAACGGGAAAAAUGAGACGCAGUUACUGCAAAGAAGGACUAAGACGACGCCCCACAUGCUGCAGGAGGGGUUCAAAGUGGUCCAGCCUCCCUGAUGGCAGUCUCGUGAUGUGCAUCCAACAUCCUAAAAUGUCCAUGGCCUUGGAUGUGGUAAUCCUGCAUAGGAAGUAAUUGGAGAUUCAGUUAUUCGGUGUUCAUCCCAGCAUUGCAGUAAGGAAAAGUGGAAAGCAACCGAUUGGGAAUUCGUUUCUUUUCUGCUGUGUUGAACACUGGCAAUGGAGGAUUGCUGAAGUGAGUUACUGUACCCCCACCCAGACAGCAGAGCAUCACACAACCCUUAGAAGUCACACAGAGCAUUUGACUAGAAAGAAAAAUGCUCUUUGAACGUUAAAAAAGAUUAUAAAAGUAGUGUGUAUCAUGUGAUACCAUUUUAUUUUGUAAAAAUAUAGCUAAAUAUUUCUGUACAUAAAAUAGAUUAAAAAAAAAGACUGAGGACAUCCUCCAAAAUGUUAAUAGUAGUUUUAUCUGUGGAUGGUGGAACAGAGUAAUUGUAAUUCUCCUCUUUGGCUUUUCUGCAAUUUCCAACUUUCCUACAAUGAUUGUAUGUGGCUUUUGUAUAAUAAAUAGAACUUAAAAGUAAAAAAAAUAGUUGGAAGUAUAACACUACCUGAUUUCAGGGUGUCCUCGGACACUUCCGUAAUCAAGAUGAUGGGUCUCAGCAAAAGGACAGGCGUGAUGGGGCAGAUGCAGAGUCUAGAAAUAGAUCCAGACACACGUGGCCACUGGUUUUGACUGAGGUGCGAAGGCCAUUCACUGGAGAAAGGACAGUCUUCGACAAUGGUGCUGG